UGAGGGGCGGGCGCAUGGAGAGCGGGGCCGGGCGGAGGUUUGUUUCCAGAGCACAGAGACGAUGCUGUGGAAAGGAGCCACUUAGCCUCCCACAAUGCCCUUUUCUGACUUUGUCUUAGCACUGAAGGACAACCCGUACUUUGGAGCUGGGUUUGGCCUGGUGGGGGUGGGCACAGCCCUGGCAUUAGCCCGGAAAGGGGCCCAGUUUGGGCUGGUGGCUUUCAGGCGCCAUUACAUGAUCACCUUGGAGGUGCCCAGCAAGGAUAAGAGCUACCACUGGCUGCUGAACUGGAUCUCCCACCACGCCAAGCACACGCAGCACCUCAGCGUUGAGACGUCGUACCUGCAGCAUGAAAGCGGGCGCGUCAGCACCAAGUUUGACUUUGUCCCCAGCCCUGGGAACCAUUUCAUCUGGUACCGCAGGAAGUGGAUUCGCAUUGAGCGCAACCGGGAGAAGCAGAUGAUCGACCUGCACACGGGGACCCCCUGGGAGUCUGUCACCUUCACUGCGCUGGGCACCAACCGGGAGAUCUUCUUCAAUAUCCUCCAGGAAGCCCGGGAGCUGGCGCUGCAGCAGCAGGAGGGCAGGACGAUCAUGUACACAGCCAUGGGAGCAGAGUGGCGGCCGUUCGGCUUCCCCCGCCGCCGCCGGCCUCUCAGCUCGGUGGUGCUGGAGGAGGGUGUGUCGGAGCGGCUGGUCCAGGACGUGAAGGAGUUCAUCGACAACCCCAAGUGGUACAGCGAGAGAGGGAUCCCCUACCGAAGAGGCUACCUGCUGUAUGGUCCUCCGGGCUGUGGGAAAAGCAGCUUCAUAACAGCCCUGGCUGGGGAGCUGCAGUACAGCAUCUGCCUGCUGAGCCUCAGUGACCACAGCCUCUCCGAUGACCGGCUCAACCACCUCCUGAGCGUGGCACCGCAGCAGAGCAUCAUCCUGCUGGAGGAUGUGGAUGCUGCCUUCACUAGCCGGGACCUUGCUGCCGAGAACCCGGCUGUGUACCAGGGCAUGGGACGCCUGACCUUCAGCGGCCUCCUCAACGCGCUGGAUGGUGUGGCCUCCACGGAGGCCAGGAUUGUCUUCAUGACCACCAACUAUGUGGACAGGCUGGACCCGGCCCUGGUGCGUCCUGGCCGUGUGGAUCUCAAGCAGUACGUGGGCCACUGCUCCCAUGGGCAGCUUGCCUGCAUGUUCCAGCGCUUCUACCCCGAGCAGCCUCCAGCUGCAGCCCAGCAGUUUGCCCAGCAGGCACUGGCCGUCUCCAAGCAGCUCAGCGCUGCCCAGGUGCAGGGCCACUUCAUGCUCUACAAGAUGGACCCUGAAGGAGCCAUUUCAAACAUAGGCUCCAUCCUGCAGUGACCAGGGGCCAGCUUUCCCUGGCUGUGCUGAGAGGACUGGGACAAGGAUGUGGCCAUCCUAAGGGUGCUGUGGAGCUGUCCAGCCAUGCAGAGAAUUGAGAGAUCCAGGUCUCUGUUAAUCUCUGCCCCUGCAAAGCCUUGGGUUUUUAUUAAAACACACGGAGAGUCAGAGCUCUCGGCCUUGCAGCAGGGAGAAGGAAUCAGCUCUUGCCGCUCCCCAGAUUUGGGUGCUGCUGCACUGGCCCUGCUCACUGGUGUGUGCCUCAUGCUGGGACAACCCUAAGCUGCCCAGGCUGCUGGAUGUGAAUCCCCUUCCUUGCAGGACAGCCUGGGUGUGCCCCAAAAGGGCAUUUCCUGGGGGCAGGACACUGGGGUGCUGCACUGCUGAAGAUCUGCUGGUCUUUGAAGGGACAGUGGUCAUCUCUGGUGUUGGAAUAUCCUCUGUGAAGUGCGCAA